AUCCGUCUUCUGCUCAUUGGUGACAGAGGAAAGGCAUCUUUGAACACAUGGUUCCUCCUUCACUUCUCACAGAGAUGAGAGGAGCAGCUAUGAGUUUAACUGCAGCAGCGAGUGGAUUAGUUGUCUUCCUGCUCUCUGUGUCAGUGGUUCAGGGUCAGGAUGACUGGGGAGUGACUCACUCUUCCACUGAGAUCUGUGCAGUGAAAGGAUCAACAGUGGAGAUAAGAUGCAGCUUCACAUACCCAUCUACAUGGAAAGGCAGUGUUAACACAGUAGAGAAAACACUCUGGUUCACUAAAUGGAAAGGUGGUGAAUCUGUAGAUCUGACCACAGUCUCAGAGUAUGCAGGUCGUGUAGAGGAUCUCUGUGAAAACAACAUCUGCACUCUGAGAAUCAGAAACCUGAGAGAGAGCGACUCAGCUGACUACAGGUUCAGGUUUGAAACAAACCGAGCAGGAGGAAGAUAUAGGGGUGAACCUGGAGUCACUUUGUCUCUCACAGAUCUCUCGGUGCAGGUGGAACGCAAAUAUUAUAGCAGAGCAAACCUGAAGUGUCAGAGCAGUUGUGAUUUACCUGAUAAUGAUUACGUCUGGUACAAGAACGGAGGAAACGCUCUGUCAGGAACAUCUUCUCUUCAGGUCGACUUUAAUUAUCCAGACAGCUAUUCCUGUGCUUUGAAAGGAUAUGAGGACUCUCUCUCCCCUUCAGUGUGUGUCACUGGUCGAGACAGCAACACACUGACUUACACUGAAGGAAGUAUCUGCGCCCUCAAAGGAUCAUCAGUGGACAUUUCCUGCACGUACAGCAGUAAUGACUGUAUUAAAUCUAAAUUCUGGUUCAGUCCUGAGCGUAGUCAUCAGGGACAGAAUCCCUCUCAGCCUGAGGACCUUAGUGAAGACCCCCAGUAUGCAGGUCGUGUUCAGAUCCUUGAAACAGAGAGAGGACGCUCCACUCUGAGGAUCUCUGACCUGAGAGACUCAGAUUCAGCUCAGUAUCUCUUCAAAUUCAAAACGCCAAGCUUUGAAUGGAGGAGUGAUUUACCUGGAACAACUCUGACUGUCACAGCUCUGCAGGUGCAGGUGAUCAGAGCAACUGACCAGCAGCCUUACACCUAUGCAGAGCUGAAGUGUCACACCAGCUGCAGUCCAGCUGGUGUUUCCUACGUCUGGUUCAAGAACGGAGAGAAAUUCACGACAACAUCAAUAUCUUCCUAUAAAGGCUGGAUUCAACUCACAGACACUAUGUCUUGUGCUCUGGAAGGUCAUGAAGACUUCUCUUCUCCUAUAGUGUAUCCUCCAAAGCCUCCCUCUGUGUCAGAGGAUGAAGACUCUCCAAAAGCUUCAGGACAGAUCUUCACCAUCACUGACUUCAGAGCUGAACACAGUGGGAGUUAUUCCUGUGGAGCCCAGAACAAGUUAGGACGUAGUAACUCCACCUUUCAUCUGAGUGUUGGAACAGGGAGUUCAACAAUGAUAGUGAAUAUCAUCAGGACGACUCUGGGGGCCUUGAUGCUGAUUCCUGUGUUUCUCCUGAGUCUGUGGAUGAGGAAGAAGAAAGCUCUGCGCUCCACCACUGAAGCACAUGAACCUGAAGAGAUAGCGUUGGACUCUGUUCCUGAGUAUGAGAACGACUCACACACUGCAGCACAGACAGAAGACACAGAGGAGCAGGAAGACAUGGUGUGA